GGCACAACCCCAACUCAAAUCAUUCCCUAUUCAGUUCCACCAUGAUUCUGUUGCUUGGAUUUCUCAUAGCAGCAUACCUUAGUGGUUCUCAAGCUGAAAAUUCAUUCUCACAAUAUUGGGGAAAGCAUAUUGGUCUUCCAUACCCUCCACACUGGUUAGUUUUAAAGGCAUCUCCAUUAAGCCCCCAUCAAGUAGCAAUGUAUAUGAAACUCAUGGAGGAAAAUGAAUUGGCUUCCCACUUGCAUUCGUUCUGUAAGCAAGCUAAUGUUGUUUGUUCUACAAAUGCACUAGUGAAGAAGACAACGAACAACACAACAUUGCCACCAAUAGCCCAGUGGAAUGCUGCAAAAGUGGAAUACGAAAACAUUCCGUAUGAAACACCCUUAUCAGUUGCCAGCCAAGGGGGAUUGCCAUAUUUUCGAGAGUCAAUGGUGAAAGAAGGAGGUUUCAUGCAUGUCCCUGAUCUAAGGGACCCAAUGUCAUAUAAAUCGUUCUUGCCACGAUCUCUAGCAUCAAAAAUUCCAUUUUCCUUUUCUCAGAUUGAAGAAUUGAAUAAUCUUUUUGGUGUGGUGGAUGAGUCAAAAAUGGAUGAGUAUAUUCAAGAAACCCUCAAGAUAUGUGACAAGAGACCCAUUCGAGGUGACCAAUGCACUUGUGCGACUUCGGCCGAGGAUCUCAUUGAUUUUGUUGUUAAAAAAUUAGGGCAUCAUGUAUGCCUAUGGAAUACUGAGAGCAUCGAAGGAUCUUAUGAGGAUGUCACAAUUGGAAGUGUGAAACUCAUCCAUGGAAACCUCUCAGAACCACCAGCCUUGUGUCAUAGUCAACCAUUCCCGUUUCAAGUAUAUUAUUGUCAUGUUUUACCGAAGGUAAAAGUAUAUGUAGUUGAUAUAAAUGCUCGAAAGACAGUUAAUCAUGCAAUUAUGGCAUGCCACUAUGACACAUCAACUUGGAAUCCAAACCAUCUUGCUUUUAAGUUGUUGGGUUUUGGCCCAGGCCUAAUUGAAGUUUGUCAUUGGAUAAAUGAGAAUGGAGUGGUUUGGACAAAGAGACUACAGAUUGAGUAGCAUUUGAAUAUUUGAUUAUCUUUUAGUUCUCUUGUUUGUGUUACAUGUUAUUGCUUAUGCUAUUUAAAAGAUAAAUAAUGACCUACUUUGGCUUGCUUAUUA